GCCGCGCCCCCGCCCGCCGCGCCCCCGCCCUCCGCGCCGCGGUGCGCGGGGCGCCGGGCGGCCGCGGCGGGGUGGCUGCCGGCUCUCCCCCAAAGUUUUUGGAUCCGCGUCUCCUCAUGAUGUAUGGAUGAUAUAUUGCAUUGUGGGUGUCAAUAUAACUGACGGCCAUAUUUGCCGGUGCUGCUACUGCUGUAAACAACCCAAAGUGUCUGGGAGACACGGAGACGCUUCGCUGAAUUUCAGGACGCUUCUCCUCCUCCCGCUGGCCAUGUCUCUGGGAAUGUCUUACAAGCCCAACUUGAACGCCCACAUCCCCGGGACUCCCCUCAACCCGGCUGGGAGUGUUCACUCUCCCUCCACAAGUAUGGCAACGUCUGCACAAUACAGACAGCUCAUAAAUGACUAUGGACCCCCAUCUCUAGGCUAUACACAAGGGAUGCAGGGUACCAGCAGCAGUCAAGUACCACAGAGCAAAUAUGCAGAACUUCUAGCUAUCAUAGAAGAAUUAGGAAAAGAGAUUAGACCCACAUAUGCUGGGAGUAAAAGUGCGAUGGAGAGGCUAAAAAGAGGCAUUAUUCAUGCCAGAGGAUUAGUUCGGGAAUGCCUGGCUGAGACGGAACGAAACGCACGAUCUUAGCCCACUAAUUCAGCUGCAAGAUUUUCCAUCUCUUCAUGAAGAAAAAGUAACACUUAUUCCUUUUGACUCUUGAAACAUUCAGACAAAUUCCUUUAUUUUGAAUGUUUUACCUUUCUUGUUUUGCCCUUGCAAAAAUGUAUAGUUAAGAAUGAAAAAAAAAAAAACCAACCAAGGAUUUUUCAACUUACUGAGGGUUUGCAUUUUGUAAAGACGUUAAAACUCCCUAAAAUGUUUCUAAAACAUGGAAACUGAAGUGCAUGCAGAGGAAUGCUCUUUCUCUCUCCCAGGCUAUAUUUCAGUUCUCUUCUUAUCCAGCCACAGCCUCAUUCUGUUUUUUCCUUCAACUAUAUUCACUUAUCCCCAAACUGUCAAUCUUUCAAAGUUUGACAUAAGCUCUAAGGAUUUUUUUAAUAAAUGCAGAAUAGCAUGCUGUACCUAGUAGUCUGCUAAGUCACAAUUUGUCAUACAGCAUAGACCCUGCUUAGAAAUAACCUCCCCCUUCUCUUAUUUUUCCUUUUUUUGUUCAUUUUGCAUAAACAUUUGCAUGACUGUUAGUGCUUUGAAGUCCAUUUAAAGUGCAUGAGCUAUAUGGAAAAUAGGGAAACCUAUUAAAUAAUAACAAGGUCCUGGAAAGCUAAUUCCUACAUUAAGGCUGGAGAUUUCAGUUUAAAGUUUGCCAAAAAAAAAAAAAAGGAAAAUUCUGGAUAAAUUACUAAAACUGUUAUUUGCAUCUUUGUAUGUAUUUAUUACUUGACGUAAUAAAGCUUAUUUUCAUUAACAGUUUGUAUUAAAA